AAGAACAGAAUGGCGAAUUUUUCAAUGAAGCUUGAAGAACUCAAAUCGCAUCUAUCAUCAAAUUCCAAAUCAAACAAGUCCUUCGCGUAUUCCACUUUCUCAAAUCUCCAAGAGGAGUCGUGUUCCGGCGCCGAUCCGUCUUGUAUUAAACUUAUAUCGGAUUCCGCACCGGAUUUUCUCCCUUAUAUUCUCUCCGACAUAACCGAUUUGGAUGAAGAAAUUGCAGUACAAGCGUUAAAGUGCCUGGGAUUCAUGAUUUACCAUCCAUCACUGGUGUCAUCGUUCACUGGAAAUGAUGCCAGUCUGAUACUGACCUCAUUGGCUAAAGUAAUCCUAGCCACCAAAAUCAAGUCUGUUUGUAAUUUAGGGAUGUGGUGUUUGUCAGUCCAGCAGCUUCACUCAUUACAUCUAGCCGCCAACUUUCCAUCUUUGCUAAAGGCAAUUAUUCACGCACUGAACAAUCCCAUGUCUUCCCUCUCCACUACAUUUGAGGCUAUGCAGGCUGUGGUUAAGUUGGCAAGUCAGGUGCAAGAAGAGAUGAGGCAUGCCUCUAGUAUAUGGGCUCCUCAAGUCUAUGGAGGGAUUAUCAGUCCUGACAAACGUCUGAGGGAUAUGUCAGAGAGAUGCUUGUUGAAGAUUAAAUCUACAAUAUAUCCUCCUCCUUUAACACUUUCUAAGGCACUUCUCUUAGACCUGAAGAAAAAAUUGCUGCCUGGGAUGAAGUCUUUGCUAGAGCUUGGCUUGAAGACUCAAGCUAUUCAAGCUUGGGGAUGGUAUAUUCGGCUUUUAGGACCAUAUGUUGUGAAGAAUAGACAUCUAGUCAAUGAAAUGCUUAAAGUCCCUGAGAAGACAUUUUCAGAUGUGGACCCACGAGUCCAAAUUGCCUCAAUGGUAGCAUGGGAAGGCCUUAUUGAUGCACUUUUUCUUGCAAGACCAUCUCUUAGGACUAGUACUGAUACUACAUCUGAGCUUGAGAUCCAGGACGGUGUGGAAGAUGGAUAUCCAAAGAGCAUAAAGCUCAUAAUGACACCCUUGAAGGGAAUUUUGUCCAGCAAAUUAGAUCUUUCAGUUCACUCAUCCUGCAUUAAUACAUGGUGUUAUCUGUUGCACAAACUUGACAAGUACGUCAAUUAUCCUUCUGUGAGGAAAACAGUUUUGGAGCCUAUUAUCGAAGCUAUCUUCAGUGUUGGGCCUGACUCUAAUAUUAUUUUGUUAUGGGAUGGCUGCCUAGAUCUUCUUGAUGAUUAUAUCCUGAUGGGAAGCGAACAUGUUGAGAAUCAUUUGAGUAAACAAUUUGAGAAAACUUCCAGCCCUGAGGCUCCAAGUACUUGUCCAAGUCUGUUGAAACACUACCCUAUCAAAUGGUCCCCAUGGGAUCUAAGGGACUUGGGCUUCUGCAUAAAGAUGGUUCACCUUCUCAUUAGUCAAAGUUCAGUCGUGACUGCCUCAGAGAAAGUCAAGAAAUUAGCACUGGAUUCUUCACUAAGGCUCUUUAGAACCAUCCUGAAAGGAGCUCAAAAUGUCCUGAAAAAUCCACUUACUAAUUAUGAUGACGUCAUGCUCUUCUUGACUUCACUUUUAGGGUUUGUCAAGAAAAUAUUUCAGGAUUCAAAGCAAGAAAUGGGAGAAUAUAAUGAUUCGUAUAGUAUUUUGCUUCAGAUUGUAGAGGCAAUCAUUGAGGAGCUAGAACCAUCAAUUCUUGGUUCUCCUAUUUAUAAGUUGGCACUAGAUGUAGAUAAUAUUUCCAAUUCAGAGUCGAUAAAUGAGACUAAGCUGAGCCAGGUAGUUCAUUUUAGGCUUUUUAGCUGUACCACCUACAUGAACAAGGUUUCACCUAUUGGUUACUUGACAACAUUCUACUUCUGUGGGGUAUUCAGAUCAAGUUUCAAAUACAUGAAGGAAGAAUCCAAUCUGCAGAAAGUUAGCAAAUAUUUUAAAUUUUUGUUACUUUCUUUUGGGCCAUCUGAAAUUCUCCAAGUCGUUACUGGUUUGAUCAAUUCACACAUGGGAUUUUCCUAUUUAAAGGCUUGGACAGCAAUAGCAAAUGGCCUCAAAGACUUCAUAGAUGAAACAAAGAACAGUUCUCUGUUGAAACAACAUUCUGAUCUUCCUGGCUACACUGGUAUCUUGCAUGUUCUGGCCUACCCUUUUGCCGUAUGUUCCUUGUUAGAGGAAUUGAACACUCAGAAGUCUACUGAAUGUAAAUUUGAGUUCGAACAAGUUGUUAAUGCAUGGAAGCUACUAUACAUCUCUGCUAAUUGCGCUUCACUUGUUGAGAGCUCCAUUUUAAAUGGUUUUGCGGAUGACUUGGUAUCAAUUUUGAGAAACAUGACAGAAUGUAUUUCUGAUCUUGAUUUAUGUGAUGAAAACCUGAAUUUUCAUGUCCUUUCUUUAUAUGGAAAUACCGUGGCAUCUAUUCUGGAGCAUAUCAAACUUUCUGCAAGUAGCUCAGAAAGAAGUAAGAACAAAGAUGGAGGUGAGCGUGAGCGAUCAAGUAAUAUCAACAAUAUCUUGGAAUUCUCUGCCAGAUCCAUGAGCUUGUUAUACAUGAAGGAAGAUAAAGCUUCAUUUGCAGGCCUUGAUGUAACAAUAAGGGUUUUCUGCGCACUUACCCACUUUGUCAGCAGCCUUUACUUGAAGGAAGAUAUCCUUUCAUUCAUCAAGGUCUCAUAUGAUCCCUUGAUCGAGUGGUUAUCGUGGUCGGAAACAACACAAAAUGUCAGCAUAAUUAGCAAUCUUCAAUUGCUGUGGACUGAAACCCUUAACUGCUUGCAGAGAAGUCAUCCACCAAUAGUAUUUAAUUCUACCUUCCUCGAAAAACAAGCAGCUCUCCUCGAGCAAACACUCGACCACUCGAAUCCCUCCAUCUCGUGCCCCACAAUCAAAUUCUGGAACUCCACUUAUGGAGAACAUAUGGAAUUAGAUUAUCCACCUAGCUUACUUCCUGUGUUGGAUAAACUUUCAAGGAGCAGGAAAAUAAAACUUUGCAAAAACACUCAGACUAAAUGUCAAGAGUCUACAACAACAGAUACAAGGUUAUUAUAUAUGGUUAAUGCUACACAGAAAAUUAGUUCAAAAAGAGUUGAGUUUGUGGAUAAGGAGUUUUCAUUGGGUAAAAGAAAAAGGCUUUUAGAACUAACUGAGCAUCAGAAAGAAGUGAGACGAGCUCAGCAAGGACGGACAAGGGAUAGCAGUGGACAUGGACCGGGGAUCAGGACAUACACCAGUGCAGAUUUCUCUCAAGGGGACGAAACUUCGCAAGAUUUCAGAUUAUGAAUCCAUCAUGCUCAGUUAUUAGAUAUUUGAACUAAAGGAAAGUCUUACCACUCUGAAAUAAGCAUAUGAUUGAAGUGAGGUAUCAUGAUGAAGAAUUGACAAUGGGUUAUUGUGAUAGCCUCCCUCAGGGAUUAAUCGAGGUGCGUUUCUGAAAAGCAAUACAUGUAUGUAUAUAAUUUGCUAUUCGAGCUUGGUUUUUGAUUAUUGGUGUACCUUUCAAGCUAUGUAAUCUGUCCAAAUAUAUAGAAUGAACUAUGAAGUGCCUUAACUUAAGGAGGUUAUACAAAUACAAAUUUGCUUAAAAAAAAUGUAGUUUUUUGUAAUGGUGAUUUUAA